CUGGUUUGUGUGGUAUUUAUUUGAGCUUUGCUCAGUUUUCAUCAGGGUUAAUUCAAAAAAUCCAGGGUGUAGCUGAGCAGAAAGUUGAAAGCACUGUCAGGGGCACAUCCAUACCUUACAGAACGAGUACUGUUUAGAAAACAAAAGGAAAAGCUCUAUAACUUCAGCAAUUUUUGUGCUAUUUAGAAAUAUUCCCUGCCAAAACCUCUGCAUUUUACAGUCUCUUGGUGUUUCUAGGGAGGUCUCUAUUUCCCCUGGAUCUGUUGCUCGUAUAUAUGGUUUUGAACUGCAAGUGGAUAUGGAUUUUCUUGCAAUUGAAGUUGAAAACUGUCUUAGGAAAUAUCAAACACAAAUUAAUCAUGCAAAAGAGAAGUGAGCAAGGGCUGUGAAGAGAUUUGUUUGUGGUAAGUCUGGAUUGGUCUGUUUGAACUGUGCAGCUUGGGAAUGUAAGUGAACAAAGUAAGCCUUCUGCAAGCUGUCCCAGCCUGUUAACAAGAUAAAAUUGAAGAUGAAUUAGAAAUGACGACAGUGUGCCAUAGACCCGAGGGACUGGAACAGCUUGAAGCACAAACCAAUUUCACUAAAAGAGAACUUCAAGUUCUUUACAGAGGAUUUAAAAAUGAAUGUCCUAGUGGUGUUGUUAAUGAAGAAACAUUCAAGCAGAUCUAUGCACAGUUUUUUCCUCAUGGAGAUGCCAGCAUGUAUGCACAUUACCUGUUCAACGCCUUCGACACUGCCCAGAACGGCUCCGUCAAGUUCGAGGAUUUUGUGAUGGCAUUGUCCAUUCUGCUACGGGGAACUGUUCACGAAAAGCUGAGAUGGACAUUUAAUCUGUAUGACAUCAAUAAGGAUGGCUAUAUAAACAAGGAGGAAAUGAUGGAUAUUGUAAAGGCAAUUUAUGAUAUGAUGGGAAAAUACACGUAUCCAGUACUCAAGGAAGAUGCACCAAGGCAGCAUGUAGAAGUGUUUUUCCAGAAAAUGGAUAAAAACAAAGAUGGAGUUGUAACUCUAGAUGAGUUCAUUGAAUCAUGUCAGGAGGACGACAAUAUCAUGCGAUCCUUACAGCUCUUUGAGAAUGUCAUGUAAGCAGAUGAGCACUGGAGGAGUCUGAGACUUCUGUGUGACCAAGAUCUCCUUUCUGGGUGAAAGAUUUUCCAAUUGAGCCAUGUCCAGCGUGUGAGGGUUUUGUUUGACAUGUCCAAUCAAAUGGCAACUGAAUGCAACCGAUCCCACCUCUUCUCCCCAGAAGAUGCUGGUGGACCUUUGUUUCAUUUUGGAAGCAUGUGAAUAUUUUAAUAAAUCCCAACAAGAGAGAACUGCUGCUCGAA